UCAAAGUAUGGCGGAGCAAACCACCGCCGCUGCUGGGGCCGGCUCCUCAGUUUCAGCUUCACCGCCGCUGAUUCAGAACUUCCCGGACGAUAUCUCAAUCCAGAUCCUUGCCAGAGUGCCACGCUUCCGCCACCCCUUCCUCUCUCUAGUCUCAAAAUCGUGGCGCGCCGCUGUCAAUUCGCCGGAACUCUUCCACACACGAUCUCUCCUCCGUACAUCCCAAUCCUCUCUUUACCUCAAUCUCCGGAUCAAUUCUUCGUUUAACUGGUAUUCCGAGCGAAACCCCCAAAAUUCGAAACGCAGUUUCACUCCCAUCCCCUCAAUCCCUCAGCACCCCGUUGGAUCAUCAGUUUUAGCCCUAGGCCCCAAAAUUUACGUAAUCGGCGGCUCUCUUAGCGAUAUUCCUUCGAACAAUGUCUGGAUCUUCGAUUGUCGGUCGAAUAAUUGGGAAUUAGGGCCUAGAAUGAGGGUUUCUCGGGAAUUUUCCGCGUCGGGGGAAUUGGACGGGAAGAUAUAUGUAAUGGGCGGGUGUAAUGUCGAUAACUGGUCUCGAUCGAUCAAUUGGGCGGAGGUUUUUGAUCCGGCGACGGGGCUGUGGGCUGCGAUUCCGAGUGAGAUUGAGCUGAGGGAUAAGUGGAUGCACGCGAGCGCGGUGAUUGGGACUAGGUUAUAUGCAAUGGCGGAUAGAGGUGGUGUGGUGCUCGACAUCGGGCGGGGCGGGUGGGGGAGUGUGCCUAAGAGGCUGGAUUUGGGGUGGAGGGGCCGGGCCGCGGUGGUGGACAAUGUGCUGUAUUGUUACGAUUAUUUGGGGAAGAUUCGCGGGUAUGAUGUGGAGGAGGAUGUGUGGAAGGAGCUGAGAGGGGUGGAGAAAGGGCUGCCGAAGUUCUUGUGCAGCUCGACAAUGGUGAAUUUGGAUGGGAAGCUGUGUGUUGUGUGGGAAGGGAAAGGGAAAGGGAAUGGGAAGGAGGUGGAUAUAAUGUGUGCGGAGAUUGAGGUGAGGAGGGAUGGAGACGGAGGGCUGAGUGGCGUGAUAUUGAGGUCGGAUGUGAUUCUCGCCGUGCCUAAAGGGGCUACCAUCUCUCAUUGCUUGGCUGUUGAGUUUUGACGGGUAUGGGGUGGAGGGGUUGGUAUGUGGUGGUGGACAGUGUGCUGUAUUAAUACGAUUAUAUGGGUAAGAUUCGCGGGUGUGAUGUGGAGCAGGAUGUGUUGAAGGAGCUGAGAGGGGUGGAGAAAGGGCUGCGUAAGUUCUUGAGCAGCUCGACAGUGGUGAAUUUGGAUGGGAAGCUGUGUGGUGUGGGAAGGGAUGGAGAUGGAGGGCUGAGUGGCGUGAUAUUGAGGUUGGAUGUGAUUCUUGUCGUGCCUAAAGGAGCUACUAUCUCGCAUUGCUUGGCCGUUGAGUUUUGACGUCCAAGCAUUGCUCGGAUUUGAUGAUAAGGUUCGAGUCACCGUAAUCAGGAUGAACGAGGCAGCAUAUUUGAAGGUGGAACACAAAACGCAUUCAACGGAGGAAUAGUAAAAGAUCCUCUCAGCAAACCAUCUGCAAUCACUCUGUACGCUGCCUCUGUCCAAUGGAUACCGUCCCAACUAACAUGCAACGACGGAUCCUCGCUGGUGCUAGAUCCUUUGGAUCCGCACAUGGAUGUGGGAUCAAAGUUGUAUGGUCCUCCACUGCCACAACAUGCUAUAAGGGCUCCUUUUGUGAAUCCUGCGACAUCAUUAAUCAAUCACUACGUCCUUUAUUCUGCAUAUAUUCAUAUAUGAGUUGUCUCACGUCAAAAAUGUGAAGUAAAAAUAGAUCAACAAGAAUUCACCAUAUUUUUUCGGGAAUCAGAUUAAAACUGCAUUGAGGCAUUGUAAUAGUCCGCAUAGACUAUGUUGAUGCUUGGGUUCUGCUUCUGGAUGAAGUCAAGUUCUGUCUGAAGCAAUUUGUUAUGGUGGCGAACAAACCUGUUUAGCCGGUUGAGACCACCUGUUUUGGGGUUGUAGUAUGUUUGGUUCGAGGUUAUGAAGUAAGUAAGAUAAAGAGCCGAACAUCCCAUAGGAAAAUUCUCAGGAACCACAAGAGUCUUAGCUCCGAGCUUGAUCAUUUCCUACAUUACUUCAAAGAUCUACAAUUUAUCAAGAGAUUUUUCAUUCUAAGAGAUGAAAUCAUAUUUCUCAAGUUAAAUCUUACAUUGAUUGUUGAGAUAAUUGCUUUAAUAACUUUAGGAACGAUUGCUCGUA